GUGAGAAACAACAUUUCACUUAUCUUAUUUCUUUUCUUCUCUUAUAAGUAUUAAUUUUAAAGAAUGUGAAGAAGCAGCUUCGCUUCAAAUUCAUAUAUUUUAUUAUAACGACGGAAUUUGAAACUCAUCUUAAUAAAAGCAAAUUAAAUAUUAAUAAUAAAUCUAAUUUAAAUAGCUUCUUUUGAAUUUUUGGUUAAGCGUUUCUUUUGUCUAUUCGUACAGAGUUUUCUCAAAAUAUCUGUUGCCUCUUUUUUAUUCUUGAGCUUUUUGUCAACAGUUCAAAGUUGCCACAAGCAUGUCUCCAUUCUUAGUUGCCAUUUUCUUGCUUGGCCUUUCAUCGCUGGCCACCGCCGCCAACUUCACUCAGGUUUACGAAUGGACUGAGGAAUUUGACUACGAGUGGCCGUCGGAGGAAAGCAGGACGGAAGCCUUGGAAGAUGGAACUUAUGAUCCAAAGGCGAGAAUCAAACCUCUUUACAUGGCUGCGUACGGAACAAGACUCUUCCUCGGCCUGUUAAAUGGUGACGGCAUUCCAGUGACUCUGGGGUGUUUACCGACGAGCAGCGCGUCCUCCGCACCUCCGAAGCUCACUCCAUUUCCUUCGUGGGACAUGCAUCAUCGUAGAGAGGGAGACUGCAACAAAAUUAAAGAAGUAAAUGGGCUGGAAGUGGAUUCCGCUGGAAGGCUGUGGGUGCUCGACAGAGGAAACUACUUUUGCAAAUCAAAAAUUUGGAUAAUCGAUUUGAACAACAACAAUUCCAUCGAACUGAUUCAUCAGUUUUCUUUUCACGACUGGAUGCACGACUUGGUACUCGACGAAACAAAUGAUGGAACCUAUGCCUACAUCUCGCGGUGGAAAGAACGAAACAUUGUCGUGUUUAGUUUGGAAAGAAAUGAAUCUUGGAUUGUGAAAACGCCAGGAAUUGAGGUUUUCUCCAUUGCCCUGUCCCCUAAGGAUCACGAGCCGAGACAGCUCUACUUCGGCCACUACUACUCCUUUGAUCUGUAUUCAAUUUCCGUCGCCGCACUUCGCAGUGGGACUGGAACUGCAAAUCCGAAACUAAUCGGAAAAUGGACUGCGAAACCUUACAGGUUGAUGAUAGACAACCACGGGACCAUGUAUGCCGCAUUUUUGUGGGAAAACUACAUUCUCUCUUGGAACACUUCCGAGCCAUUUCAGGAGAAGCGUUUUGAUAAGGUCACAGGAAUCUUUGCUAAUAGACAAUUUGCUUUUUCCUUGGAUCAAAAUGGAACUUUUUGGAUGACGGAGACAGAUGCAAAAAAAGAGCCAAGAUACAUGCUACGGCUUUUGAAGACUGCAGUUGGAGAAAAAUCCUUCGAGGCUUUGCCAGUUGCGCAGGCCACCUCCCAGUUGCACAAGAGAAGCAUCCAGACUGAAAAAUCGCCUUUCAAAGUCAUUCUUAUCUGCUCCGUCGUAUUUAACCUGAUCCUAUUGGGUUUGAUCAUCCUGAGAAAGAAGAGGAUCACCUGCGAGAGCGAUGAAAUGACCGUUUUGUAUGAAAACCACGGAUACGUCAAUUUGAGGCCCCGUUUCCCCUGAUCUUCAAGCAGCCGAAAAUUCCCAGGCAGCGACCGGCGAAGAAAAAGAUAGCGAUGCCUGCUAGAGCUGUGGAGCUUUGGAAAAUUUUGACUGGCCUG